AUUCGAACGUUUUUAAGCGACGGACAUCCAGCUGUCGACAGCUCUUCCGUUGACUCUCCUGGGACAGUUUCACAGCUUUUCCUUCUAAAUUCUUUCAUUUUUCUUUGGUUUUUAAACAUAAAUUGAGUCUUGAUGCGCCUUCCUCAGCUUUAUCACCGCUAGCUUUGUGCUCGUAGUCGCUUUUGCGUGUUUCCGGGUCGAAUAUGGAGAAGUUUGAAGGCUACGUGUUCGCUGCUCUGUGCAGCACCAACUUCUUGGUUUCGUGUCUGAUCUUCUCCAAAGUCACCAGAGAGCAGAGGGAGGCUUACAUGGACGAGAUCUUCCAUGUUCCGCAAGCCCAGAAGUACUGCCAGGGAAAAUUCAGCGAGUGGGACCCGAUGAUCACCACCCUCCCUGGUCUGUACCUGGUCUCUGUGGGCAUCAUCAAGCCGGUGGCGUGGCUCUCUGACCUCACGGGCGAGGUCGUUUGCUCCACCGCCAUGCUGCGCUUCAUCAACCUGCUCUUCAACUGCGGCAACCUGUACCUGAUCUACCUGCUGCUCUGCAAGCUCCACCCCCGGGAGAAGACCCGAACAGCGUCACGCCGCGUCCUGUCUGCGCUUUCGCUCUCCGCCUUCCCCGUGCUGUACUUCUUCAACUUCCUGUACUACACAGACGCCGGAUCUACUUUCUUCAUCCUCUUCACCUACCUCAUGACGCUGUACGGCUGCCACAAAGCCGCGGCGCUCCUCGGCGUCUGCUCUGUGCUUUUUCGUCAGACCAACAUCAUCUGGUUGGCCUUCUGCGCGGGGACUGUGGUGGCCGCCAAAAUGGACGAGGCCUGGAGGGUGGAGCACACCAAGAAGAGGGAGGAGAAGUCUGCUCCCUCCCAGGUGCCGCUGUCGCUGUGUGGCGUGAAGAGAGUUCUGCACUUCUCGGCAGAGUUUCUCUCCUCCCCCGGUCACCUGAAGGCAGUGCUGCUGGCGGCUUGGCCGUACGCUGCAGUUGCUGUGGGUUUCCUGGCGUUCGUGGUGUGGAAUGAUGGGGUUGUGGUGGGCGACCGGGCGAGUCACGAGGUCUGCCUCAACUUCCCCCAGAUCUUCUAUUUCUUCUGCUUCUGCCUCCUCCUGUCCUUCCCCGUCUCGCUGUGUUUCCAGCGCGUCCUCCGCUUCCUGCAGGCUGUGAGGAAGCAGCCGCUGCUCUUCCUCCUCCUCGCCUCCGCCUCCUUACUCCUGGUGUGGAAGUUCACUCACGUUCACAAGUACCUGCUGGCAGACAAUCGCCACUACCCUUUCUACGUGUGGAAGAACCUCUUCCGGAGGCACCAGCUGGUCCGCUUCCUCCUGGUUCCGGCGUACAUCUACGCAGGCUGGAAUUUCCUGGACUCCUUGAAAUCGCGCUCGCUCUUCUGGACUCUGGCUUUCUUCAGCUGCCUCCUGGUGUCCACCGUCCCUCAGAAGCUCCUGGAGUUCAGGUACUUCAUUGUCCCGUACCUGAUGUACCGCCUGCACAUGCCGCUGCCGUCCCUGCCCCGCCUCGCCAUGGAGUUCCUGCUGUACGCGGUGGUGAACGCCGUCACUAUCUACAUUUUCAUCGCCAAGACCUUUCGCUGGCCGUACAGCGUGGAAACGCAGCGCUUCAUGUGGUGAGGGGCAGAUCGGAGAUCCCAGAGAGGCUAGGCAAGGCUGAAGGAUGCCGGAGAAAACUGUUUCCAUGGAAACGAGCGACAUUCCUUAAAGGAUCUCUGCGGUCCAAUGGGGUAGCCGGGCUGAGUCGGGUGGGAAGUGGACAUGGAGGAAUCCUUUCUCAUGGUUCUGUGGACAUGAAGGGAUGUUUGGGGAGCGGCGGUGAAGGUUGAAGACCAAAAACAUUUGAUCAAACGUCCACCGUCAGACUUUUCCAGUGAAGAACAGCGAUCCUCUUCUACGCUGAUGAUCUUUUUCCUAACACAUCUGUAAAUAAAUCUGUGUUUUCCUUGA